UUACAGCUGCGUGAGAGCAGACACAGCCCUGCCGAAGAUGGGCAGACAGCAGUAGACGGCUGCUCCUCCUCUCUCCCAAGAGACUCUAUCAUUUGGUGUCCUCUUGUUUCCCGUUACUGCUCCUUGAUCAGGUCUGUUUGCAUCCUUCAUCAGACAUGUUCCGUACAAUCUCAAGGAAAAACAUGUCCCAGAAGCUGAGCUUCCUCUUGCUGGUGUUCGGACUCAUCUGGGGGCUGAUGCUGCUUCACUACACUUUGCAGCAGCCACAGCGGCAGAGCAGCGUCAAGCUUCGAGAGCAGAUCCUGGAUUUAAGCAAGAGAUACGUGAAAGCUCUGGCGGAGGAGAGCAGGAGCACGGCGGACGGGGAUGGGGGUGUGUCCAUGGCAGGCUAUGCCGAUCUGAAGAGAACAAUCGCAGUCCUCUUAGACGACAUUUUGCAGCGCUUGGUGAAGCUGGAGAGCAAGGUCGACUAUAUUGUUGUGAAUGGUUCAGCAACCAACACUACCAAUGGCACUAAUGGGAAUUUGGUGCCGGUAACAACCAACAAAAGGACGAGUGUUUCGGGCAGCGUCAGAUAGCAACGAAGGCCACCUUGCAAGGCAACACCACUGUGGAUUACAUCCUUCGCAGGACACCUCUUAAACUGCUGCCUAGGACAGAGUAAUACUUGACAAUAAGAGCUCUCCACAUUUCCAAGGAGCUUGCUGGAUUCAUAGGAUGCUAAUUCUGUGUAUAUAACCGCAGGCAUUAUUAGUUUGCUUUGACACAAAGCUCUUUAAUGCAGUUCAGUAUACUUAACAGGAAUUCGGUAACAAGGUGGAUACGGUAAGCAGGGAGGUCAUCUCUGUACAGAGAUCAAGAAACAAAAGCACCAGAAAGACAUGGAGUCCUUUCUAUAAAUACUUAUUUAAACAUGUCUGUCAGAUAAGUGGACGAUAACGUUUGACUCAUCCUGUCUCCUGCCCUCAGCAAUAUCCCUGUGAGGAGAGAACACGCUUACUUCCAGAGCUAUAUUUUGUUACUCAGAUUAUGAGCAGAGAGAGGAAGUCAUGUUGAAAAUCAUGGUUUGAAAUUGACCCAAAGAAUGUCUUCAUUUGCACUAUCCUUCAAAAUAACGGAAGGCUAAUUGUAUAUUUUUAAAAAUAGCAGUUGUAAGAAUGUAGUUUUGAGAUGGGUAGCAGCCACUGUCCAUAGCUAAGCAUCGGAGACAAUUUAAAAGAAAUGAGAGUAAUCGCUAACCUCAUACUGUAAAAGUUCCUACAUAUAUUCUGCAGAAUAAUACAUAUUUUUAUGAUGAAAUACAAAUGUGCAUGAUUUUUCACAAUCAUGGUUGUUGAUUUGAUAGUAAAUCUCAGUGUCAUAUGUCUGUAGCCAUGGAACUCAGGAGGCUGGGGCAGGAGAGCUGAGAGCUCAGUGCCAGCCUGGCCAACAGAGCAGAUGCUAUGUAAAAACCAUUCACCGUUUCUCCUACUAGGAACCUACAUCGUUUCCAUAUUUUGGUAAAUGUUCUUUGGUUAUUUUGGUGGAGGAAGGAAAGGACUUGAGGACUUUAGCCAGAUGUAUAUAAUAAAUGUUAUUUGUGCUGCACAAAACUGCUUGGAAAAUUAAUGUGAGUUGAUGUUAUUUAAGAGUAUCCUGUGUUAGGAAAUGUCAGAUUAGCUAUUCCUUUUGUAUAAUGACCACUUUACAAAAUUAAGAACAUUAAAAUAUAAAUUAUGAAGAUUGUUUAUCUUUUUAGAGAAACAGCUACUGUAUACAGCACAAGAAAUCUUGACUUGGUUAAUUCUAGAAUGGAAUAAAACAUGUCUUUAUUUAAAUAGCCUUUGUAGCAAGUCCAGUUGCUAUAUAGUAUUCUAUAUUUCGUAGUAUUUAUUCUAUAUAAUAACUGCUUACGUGCAGCUAGACUCUAGAUUUAGACUAAAUUGAAUUUAGUUUUUGAUAUUUUUCAUUAUUAUAAUGCUACCACAAAAGUAGCAGUGAUUGUAAUAUUUUGUUAAAAUAAGUAUAAGAAAUAUAUUGUUUCAUGAAAGGAAACUUUCUGAAAUGUCUUCCCUGUACCUUUAUGAGAAGAAAUGAUGUCCCAUUGCCAGGUAGAUUCUGCAGUACUGUUCAGUCUCUGCGUCCUGAGCAUCUGAUUUCAUGGAUGAAAUAAAAUAUAUUGUUUGUAUUCACAA